GCGUUUCCAAACCCCGCUGUGUGGGGCCUGAGGCUGAAGGAGGUGGAGUCCAUGGUGGAUCAUCGACUCCAGCUGUAGGUCACAAGCUGCUGCAACCAGGAAAGAAGGACGUCCACACCGACCUGUGGAAGCACGAAGGAGAGUCAACAUGAGCAGGUGUCUGAUCAGCCAGUUGGAGGUGCAGGGCUUCAUUGAGAGAUGUAUGACGGCUGUUGGCACCAAGCCGCAUCAUGCCCGUAGCCUGGCUGAGGUGCUGGUGGAAGGAGACCACAGAGGCCACUAUAGCCAUGGGCUCAACAGGAUGGACAUGUAUGUGAAGGACAUCAAGACAGGGAUCUGUGCCAAGGACGGUGAGCCUGUGAUCGAGAAGGAAAGCGUGGCCACGGCACUGGUGGAUGGGAAGAAUCUCCUGGGUCCUGUGGUGGGAAACUUCUGUAUGAAUCUGGCCGUAAAGAAAGCCAAGGAAGUCGGCAUUGGCUGGGUGGUGGCACAUGGUUCCAAUCAUUAUGGUAUUGCUGGAUACUAUGCAAUGCAAGCUCUGAAGGAAAACAUGAUUGGCAUGUCCUUUACCAAUACAUCCCCACUGGUGGUUCCUUCACGCGCUAAAGAGUGCACUCUGGGCACCAACCCCAUCAGUGUGGCAGCUCCUUCCAAAGAUGGAGACAGCUUUGUUCUGGAUAUGGCCACAUCCGCCGUGGCACUCGGAAAGGUGGAGCUGCAUGAGCGUCGUGGAGACACCAUUCCCGAGGGCUGGGGCUGUGACGCUCAGGGAAAGCUGACAACAGAUCCCAAGAGAGUCCUCGAUGGAGGAGGACUGGUGCCCGUCGGCGGCAGUGAAGCCACAGGAGGAUAUAAAGGCUACGGCUUGGGAAUGAUGGUGGAGGUGUUCUGUGGUAUCUUGGCCGGUGCCAAGUACAGCAAACAUGUCCGCACUUGGAAAGUAACGGAUCGUGUUGCAGACCUGGGUCAGUGUUUUGUGGCGAUCAACCCGGAGAACUUUGCUGAUGGUUUUAACGACAGAAUGGCUGACCUGCUCUCCAUCCAGAGAGGCCUGGACCCCGCUGAGGCAGAGAGUCCUGUCCUGGCUGCUGGAGAUCCAGAGAGGAUGAAUAUGAAGAAGUGUGAAGAGAUGGGUGGGAUUCCUUACCACAUCAAUGUUGUCAACUACAUGAAUGAAUGUGCGCAGAAAAUCGGCGUCAGCCCGCUGCUGCCAUGUGACAAGCUCCUCCCCGAUCAAUAAUCAUGCCAGCUGAAAUUCUCAACAUGGAAGGAAUCUGGCUCUUUUGCUCCUCCGCAGUGCAACGUUGGAAUGUGGCUUCAUGUACUGCACGUUCACAGUCAUGGCUUAUGCAGAUUUUUCAAGGGUUAAUUUGGAAGAAAUAUACCAUGUAAAUGUUAAGUGGAAAGGAAAAGAUCAAAAGUUCAAGGAACAUUUUGAAAGCUUAUUUUAAAUAUUUUAGGAUGUCUGGAGAUUACUCAUCUGCAGAUGUCAAAACGUAAACAUGUCUUCAAGAUGUUGUUUCUCUGUGAGUGAAAUAUGCAGAUUUGUCUGAAGCUCUUGUAAACCACCAGAUGUAAUUGAUCUAAGAAAGACUGGGUGGUGAUGUUGAAGAUGAUUUGGUAUUAACAAGCCAGUUGGCUCAUUCCCUGUAUAAACCAUUUUUUCUAAAUAUACUUUAUAAAAGCAUUUUAAAUUGACUAUGGGACCAUGUUCAGGUUUUUCUUUUUACUCCAAGGUUAUUAUAAAGCAACAAUCAUUUGUGCCUUAUUAAAAAAUAUAAAAUUUG